CCGCGCUGCGCCUGCGCGCGAGGCCGGGGCGGGGCGGGGCGGGGCGGCGCUAGCGGGAUCCGCCGGGGCCGCCCGCCGUGGGAUCCGCCCGCCCUCCUGCCGCGUCCCGCCGCGUCCCGCCGCUUUCCACCGGGUCCCGCCGCAGCGCCGAGCGACCAUGUCCAAGUCCCUGAAGAAGAUCGUGGAGGAGAGCAGGGAGAAGAACCAGCCCGAGGUGGACAUGUGCGACCGCGGCAUCUCCAGCAUGCUGGACGUGCCCGGCCUGUUUACGCUGUCUCACAUCACACAGCUGGUUCUGAGUCACAACAAGCUUACAACUGUGCCAGCAAACAUCGCAGACCUGAGAAACAUAGAAGUGCUCAACUUUUUCAACAACCAGAUCGAGGAGCUGCCUACACAGAUAAGCAGCCUUCAGAAGCUCAAACACCUGAACCUUGGCAUGAACAGGUUGAACACCUUGCCAAGGGGAUUUGGCUCUUUACCAGCUCUAGAAGUUCUUGACUUGACUUACAACAACUUAAAUGAAAAUUCCCUACCAGGAAACUUCUUCUAUCUGACCACCCUUCGUGCACUCUAUCUAAGUGACAACGAUUUUGAAAUCCUGCCGCCAGAUAUUGGGAAGCUCACAAAGUUGCAGAUACUGAGUCUUAGAGACAAUGACCUGAUAUCACUGCCUAAAGAAAUUGGUGAGCUCACCCAGCUUAAGGAACUGCAUAUCCAAGGAAAUCGUCUUACUGUGCUGCCCCCAGAACUGGGUAAUUUGGAUUUGACUGGUCAAAAACAAGUCUUCAAAGCAGAGAACAAUCCCUGGGUUACCCCUAUUGCUGAUCAGUUCCAGCUGGGAGUAUCUCAUGUUUUUGAAUACAUUCGUUCAGAAACAUAUAAAUAUCUUUAUGGCCGACACAUGCAGGCGAACCCUGAACCUCCAAAGAAGAACAAUGACAAGUCAAAGAAGAUCAGCCGUAAACCUCUGGCAGCCAAGAACAAAUAAGUGCCUGAUUCUGCCUCUGUUGCAUUGCUUUUGCUUGUGCCUACAAUAUUUCUACACAUCUCUUAUUACAUAUAAGAAAGCAGGGAUUAGAAUGAAAUGCAAUUUACUGUGUUUAAUGCUUUAGGAGAUACUGAUAGAGGGAAACAAAAUUACACAUGCUUCUAAGUAUGGUCAUAUUUAUGUAGCCAUUUAAUGUAUCACUGUCAAACAUCUUUUAGUUUUUCUAUUUAUAUGUAUAUUAAUGUCCUCUCUUCACGUGUCACAGCCUCUUAAUAUAGGGGAGUUUGCACUUAUAUUAUACGAUAUUAAAUUUCAUAUGAUAUUCCAAGUGAUUUUAAUAAAGCUCUUCAUUUUUA